AUGCGUCUAUAUUUUCCUUUCCUGGCGUCUCUUUCCUGUGGGGCUGCCCUCGCGCGCCCUUGGUUGGAUCCAUUUUCAACCUUCUCAGGCGUCACGUUGUUUACUCCUCCUUCAACUUAUACGGACCCACGAGUUCUCUAUGCCCGCACGGUUGAGCUUGAAGGCGGUGUUCUCCUCGCAACCUGGGAGAACUACAGCCCAGAACCGCCAUUAGUUUACUUCCCCAUUUACCAGAGUCAUGAUGGUGGUGAAACUUGGAAAGAAAUCUCCCGCGUGACAGAUCAAGUCAAUGGCCUGGGUCUCCGCUACCAACCGUUUCUAUAUAAGCUCCCAAUCGCCGUAGGAGAGUUCGGCGCAGGUACGAUUCUGUGUACUGGCAAUUCCAUCCCCACGGAUUUGAGUUCCACCCACAUUGACGUCUACGCAAGCGAAGACAACGGUUACACAUGGAAAUUUGUCUCACACGUGGCUUCAGGAGGCGCAGCUCAUCCAAACAAUGGCAUCCCUGCUAUUUGGGAACCAUUUAUAAUAGUGUAUGAGGGCAAAAUUGUACUUUACUACGCAGACCAAAGGGAUCCAGCUCAUGGACAAAAACUCUCGCACCAGGUUUCCAAGGACCUUCAUACCUGGGAUCCUCCCGUCAACGAUGUUGCUUAUUCGGAAUAUACGGCUCGGCCAGGCAUGACCACCAUCACGCAACUUCCAAAUGGCAAGUACAUGUUUGUGUACGAAUAUGGCGGCGGCCCAAGAAAAUCCGGGACGGGAUAUGCGUUUCCGGUGUAUUAUCACAUUCACGAUAAUCCACUUGAUUUCCGUAAUUCGGUCGGACACCAGCUCAUCUCCAAUGAUGGUGCACAGCCAACUGGCUCUCCCUAUGUUACAUGGUCUCCUGUUGGAGGAGCAAAUGGGACGAUUAUCGUCAGUGCGAGCAGCAACAGCCAGAUCUUCACCAAUAACGCACUUGGAGAUGCAAAUUCGUGGAAGACUAUCAAGACACCCCAACCAGCAGCAUAUAGCCGACAUUUGAGGGUGUUGCAGGACCCUAAUCAUUUACUGAUAAUGGGAGCUGGAGUGUUGCCGCCUAGCACAACGAACAAGGUCUCUGUCAGCGUGAUUGAUUUGAAACAGGCUCUACGGUGA